CACCGCCCAACGGCCUCUCUGUCACUGACAUCUCCAUGUGCCCCGGGAUGACUGCAUGUGGCUCCACCACCUCCAUUUCCUCCCCCCUAUUCUUCAUCUUCUUCUCCGUCUUAAAAAAAGCCACACACCUACUCCCGUCUAGCUAGCAAGCUACUAGUACAGCUUUGCUAUUUAGCUCCGUUAAAACAGUUUCAGCAUCCAGAAACCCAACCGAUCUAUACUCAUCCCAUUUUCUCCCCGUGAACAUAUCAUCAUCCAUAUAUCAUCGAUUGGUUCAUCAGGAGUUCGUCGGAAGAAGUUAUAAGCUAGAAGAAGCAAUGAGCAAUGGCGGCUCUCCUGCUACCUCGCCCCCUUCUGUCUGCUCAAGAUCAUGGUCUAUAAGCGAGGAUUCUUUGAGGAGGUACGUGAGCUACGCGAGCGAGAGCUGCAUCCAGGAGCUGCUGGCGGCGUCCGGCGACGAGGACCGGUGGAAGACGCUGGCCUACUGCAACGGCGUGGAGAUAUCCAAGAGGAUGUCGCCGCCGGGGCCGGGGCAGGUGUUCCGGAGCCGAUGGCUGCUGCACGCCGUCUCUCCCCAGCAGUUCAUGGCCGCCGCCAACGCCGUCGACGCCGCCAAGCAAUGGGAAUCGGACCUGGUGGAGGCUCGGUACAUCAAGGAGCUGGGGGAGGACCUGAGCAUCAUCCACCUGAAGCUGGGGGACGCCUCGAAGCUGUUCCGGCGCCGGGACCUCGUCGUCUACGAGCGGCGGCAGGCCAUGGACGACGGCACGCUGGUGGUGGCCGUGGCGUCGCUGCCCAAGGAGAUCGCGGCAGGCCUGCUGCCGCCACGGGACUCCAGGGGCCGGCCCAGCGCCGCCGUGGGCCGGGGCCUGCUCCUGCAGUCCGGCUGGGUCGUCGAGAAGCUGGUCGCCGGAGACGAAGAAGACGACGACGAUGGUGGCGUGGAGUCAUGUGUGGUGACGUAUGUGGUCCAGCUCGACCCGGCGGCCGGGUGGCUGCCACGGUGUAUCGUCGGCCGGCUUAAUAGCAAGCUUGUCGUGAUUAUUGACAAGCUCAAGAAGCUGGCGCAGACGACGGCCACGGCUAGAUCGUGCAAGUUGGCGCAGGCGGUGGCACCCGGAAGCAGCAGUUGCAGCAGCUCGUCCGAUGAGACCUGAGGAUCGAGAAGCAUGUGAAUUCUCUUGUUUGAAUCUGUCGUUAGGCAUAAGUAAAUACGGUUUUUGUAGGAAAUGCAUGGCGCGUGUCGAGGACUCGAUCGAUCUGGGUAUGUAAUAUGCUUAGGGGUUACAGUACUAGUUUACGACUAUAUGAAUCUGCAUUAUGUGGGCGAGAAUGUGUGUCUACGUAAACCGCACUUUAUUUUGGCAUUGCAAACGGCUGCAGGAGUGCCGGCCAGCUGCAGUUUUUUUUAUAAAGAAAAGUAGCUGCUACAAUUUUGCCU